UCGAAGUAAACUCUUACUCAAGUAAUGAACCUUCUCGCACCGAAUACUAUAAAGAGAUCAACCCAAAUGGCUUCCACUCUCUGCUGUAAGGGAUCGUGGCUUGUUUCAUCCACCACAAUACGACGCCGUCUGCCACUAGUCGGUGCGUUUUGCGUCCUCAGUUUGGGGUUUUCCAAUCUCUGCCCGACGCUUUCGUCUUCCUCUAACUGCAAAACGGGUUGCGCUCAGUCUCUCCCCUUUGUUCCUCUUUUAAGAUCGAAGUUUAGUACCCAAUCACCAGAUAAGCCCGUCCACGCUGUAAAAAUGGAAGGGAGUAGCAACACUGUUCCAAGCAUCGUCGUUUAUGUUACUGUUCCUAACAGAGAAGCAGGUAGGAAGUUGGCUGAAAGCAUUGUCAAAGAGAAACUUGCUGCAUGUGUAAACAUAGUACCAGGUCUUGAAUCAGUGUAUGAAUGGGAAGGAAAGAUCAACUCAGAUCCUGAGGAACUGCUCAUAAUCAAGACAAGGCAAUCCCUCCUGGAAGCGCUGACAGAGCAUGUCAAGGCAAAUCAUGAAUACGAUGUACCAGAAGUAAUUGCCUUGCCAAUCACUGGUGGUAGCCCCCAGUAUCUAGAAUGGCUCAAAAACACUACAAGGGACUGAAUUUCUCGGAUGUAGUAUGGUGGCUUGAGUGUGUGAAACCAUUUUAAGUGUGUACCUCAUGGGUGCUGCAUCUCAUACAUAUGUUUGUUGCGCGGAUGAAUAGCUUCUUCCGACUCGAAUAAAGGUUGCGUCAGUUUAUUAAUAUAUGAAAGCUAAAAUCUGUUUAUGAUAGGACGAAAUGUUUUUAUAGUUGGUGAUGUUGUAAGUAAGACAAGUAUUUGCUUUUAUAAAUACAACCUAUUAUCUGUCCUUGCUUA